AUAUAUUGUUUAUGAUCAUUAGAUUGUGACAGAGAGAAUUUAUUCUUUGUCAUUUUAUUUUACUUUCCUAGAAACUAGGUUAGGGAGAAAUGUCACGAAAGUAAAUAGAGUAGGAAUUUAUAAUAUUAUUUAGAAUUCAGUGCUCUAAGUGAUAAUUUCUAUCUAAAAUAAUAAAAGACGAAUAUAAUACUAAUAAACUCCAGACAUAGUUCAUAAAUAGCAAAAAUGGAAGGUGGUUCGAAUAUUCAAGAAAUCGAGGACCCCCCUAGAGGAUUUAUUAACUUUUUUAUUCACCCUUCAAGAGCAGGAAACAGAUUUGUAGUUUUAUUUUUUUUGUGUUUUCUCAGUUUCGGUUCCUACUUUUGUUAUGACAAUCCUGCAGCAUUACAAAGCCAAUUGAAAACUAAUUUAAAUAUUAGUGAAGUACAGUUUACUGCAUUAUACUCGGUGUAUUCUUGGCCUAAUGUAGUUUUGAAUAUAGUUGGAGGAUUUUUAAUGGACAGGGUUUUUGGUAUAAGGUUGGGUACUAAUAUUUACAUGGGUCUUGCUCUUGUUGGUCAAUUAAUUUUUGCUACUGCAGUAUAUAUAAAUCAGUACUGGUUGAUGCUUAUAGGCCGUUUUGUAUUUGGUAUUGGUGCCGAAUCUCUAACGGUUGGUCAAAAUAACUAUGCUGUUCUGUGGUUCAAAGGAAAAGAACUAAAUAUGGUGUUUGGAUUGCAGCUUAGUUUUGCCAGAAUCGGUAGCACAGUAAACUUUUUGGUUAUGGAAAGUUUGUAUUCAGCUGUAUCCAACCUAUCUUCUGAUGGAGCACAUGUUUUAGGACUUGUACUUUACAUAGCCGCUGGUACAUGCGUCUUCUCAAUGAUUUGCUCAUUAUGUGUAUCCUUUCUCGAUAAGCGAGCAGAGAGAAUUCUGCAUAGGAAUAAUAAUGCUUCUGGAGAGGUCGUUAAAUUGUCUGAUGUGAGAUACUUCAAACUUACAUUUUGGUUGAUCUGCAUCAUAUGCGUAACUUUUUAUUGUUCUAUUUUUCCUUUCAUCGCUAUAGCUAAAGACUUUCUCAUGAAAAACUUUGGUUUGUCAUCUGAACAGGCUAACACAGCUUGUAGUACUGUUUACGUCAUAUCUGGAAUAGGAUCUCCAAUUUUAGGAUUUCUUAUUGAUAAAAUUGGAAUGAAUAUUUUUUGGAUUCUAUUUGGUAUAUUCGGAACGGUUAUAUCCCAUUUGUUGUUGGGAUUUAGUCAUCUUAAUGUCUACAUACCGAUAGGUAUUAUGGGAAUAUCUUACUCGAUCCUAGCUAGCAGUUUAUGGCCGUUAGUAGCACUGGUAGUACCUGAAUAUCAAUUAGGUACAGCAUAUGGAGUAGCUGGGUCCAUUCAAAACUUGGGAUUAGCUUUGUUUAGCAUAUUCUGUGGCUUAAUAAUCGAAAAAUUUGGUUAUGUGGCAGUAGAAAUAUUUUUCAUCUGUAGUUUAUUGCUUGCCGCUGUUUCUGCAGUCGUAUUACUAUUCUUAGACCUUAUGCAACAUGGAAAUCUGAACCUUACGCCUGGCGGAAGAAAAAGAUAUGAAAUAUUGUACAAUCACACAGAGAUCUUAAUAAAUGCUGACGCAUUGGAUACAUCAUCUGGUGAAGUAAUAGGAUCUAACUCGGACUUCCAUAUACGCAAUAGGUAUUUAUCAAGAAUCGGUGCCCCUCUUCCCUCAACAUACGUCAUAGAUAAACAGGGAAUGAGCUAAUAAAUGGGAAGUAUAAAUUUUCAUCGCUCAUCAAAAUACUAGAAACUAAUAGAACAAUUACAUAUUUAUUGUCUAUAGGUAGAUGUAAGAUUUAUAAUAAGUGUGAUAUAAAAGAAUAUAAAGCUCGGAAUAAGAAAUAGUGAAAAGUUAUAAUCUAUGAUCUCAAAUUAUCCCUUUUGAAAGAUAAUCUCACAGCUGGAAUUAUAUUUAUUUUGUUUAUAUAUUUGAUUUAGAAUUAGGGUAAAGGUUUUUUUAUACGGUAUCUGGAAAACAAUAUAUUGAAUCAUAGAGCUAAAUUAAUUUUGUUAUGGAGAUAUUUUAAUUAUUACAUUUUCUUUAUUGAAUUUAAUUUAAAUAGAAGAAUCAUUGUUUAUUAAAUUCACUUUUCCACAUUUUUGUUAUAUCAUAUAAUUAUUUGGUUUCAAUUUGUAAAAAGUUAUUCCGAUUCGUACUUUUGUGAUAGUUUCGCAAAGAUAUUUUCAAUUUAUUAACUAUAGAAUAAUUUUAAAACUCAUUUUUAUAGAAAUAUACAACCCUUCGUUCUAAUUAAUUACUUUUACAUCAAAAGGAAAAUAAACAAAUCUAAUUUAUUUUAAUCAUCGACAAAAUGUUGCUAACGUACUAAAAAUAUUUUUUACCCCAAAAUUUCAGCAUAAUUUUCAAUUUCGAAUGAUGUUGCGGGUUGAGGACUCAAAAUAAAACUGUCCAAGAGUUUUUUAAAUUGCCAACGUUUCGAUUUUCUAACUCCUAUCAUCAAAUAAAAGCAUUUGUAAAGAUCAAUUAAAUGAUCGAAACGUUGGCAUUUUAAAAAACUCUUGGACAGUUUUAUUUUGAGUUCUCAACCAGCAACGUCAUUCGGAUUUACUUAGGAAGGACAAUAAUGUCAACAAUGAUAAUUUUUAAUACUUCAAUCAAGUUUUUUGUCCUGGGGACGUUCCAUAUUGUAGAAAAGCGGAAUAACCCAGUUGUUGUUGGCAUACUGACUAACCUCGCUCUAGAUGCAAAAAAAUUACCUUUAUGAUUUGGGGGGUGUUGAUUACGAAUAUGAAAAUUAUUUUUUAAAUUACGGUAUCAUUAGAUUAGAGUAGAUAAGCUAGUGUGUAAGGUCAUGAAUUUACCUCAAUAACACUUUGACCUAUUGAUCUAUUGUGUACCCCGCACUGUUUACCGGUCAGGUAACAACGAUUUUGCAAAAAUCUUAAAUGUAAAUACUGUAGUAUUUGUUUAUGGAUUUCCUCGCACUCAUCAAGGUGUUAGGCUUUGAUUCCUUACUGAAUCGACAAAAGCUAUCGAGAGUUAACCCGAUUUUCUUGAGACGGUUCCUGUGAACAUACCAGUAACUCAAAUAAAGUAAAAAAUCGGCCAAAUAAUGUGAGAAUGAUAAAAAUCCACACAAUAUCAAGAAGUCCCAACUUCAAACUAUCUGUCCGUAAACUAGACUAUCUCUUUUUGAGAUAUUUACGCUAAACGUAAAGAAAUUGUAACGAAUGUCACGCUAUUGUUCUGGUCCGUAUAACACAUAGUUGCUGAGAGUUUCUUUUUCUGUUAUUAAAAAACAGUACCAACACGAUAUGUGUUGAGUAAUAUCGUCAAUCAGAAAAGAUUAACUGUUGAGAUUUUACAUAUAAAAAUAAAUGAAAUCCUAAGUCGGUAUGUUUAGAUUUAAUGUCUUCUGUAUUUGCAUUUUUUGUCUACUACUACCACUGGCACGACGGUCCUUAUAGACUACGGCAUUGUCCACCACAUUCCUCCAGUCAUUACGCUCCAAUGCUCGGCGUCUCUACCACCUCACACCUAGCUCCCGAAGAUUCUCUUCGACAUCAUCCAGCCACCCGGCUUCUGCCGGUACGCUUUGCGCAUUCCCCGCUCCUCAGGCAUAUGUUCCAAGUGGCCUAGCCAUCUGAGUCUGGCCCUCUUGACUUCUGUCACCUGCCUGGGGUCUUCAUAGAGUCGGUAGAGCUCGAUGUAUGUACGUUUUUCUGCCUUCUAUCAAGAAAGUAUCUGAUGUAAUUUGCGUUUCCUUUGCGCUUGGUAAGAAGUUGUUGGUAACUGGAUAAGGCAUCCAUAUCACUCCGUCAUAUAUUUGAACUCAUGUCAAAAUUUGAGUAAUUUUUAAUAAAUUGGUCCCUAAUUUUUGUGUUCUUCCAGGUCAUCUAACCCCUCGAGCUUAUUACAAAAACUUGCUUCUGUUUCUUGCACAAUUACUUCGAAGUUUUUAACAUUUACCUCAUCUAAACCAAUUUGUUUUGCUAAUUCGAUUAAUUUUCGCAUUAUUUCAUUCAUUUGGAUAGUUUCCACUAUCACCUUGAUUACCUGGAUCUGGUCAAAUGUUCUUCCUUACCCCUUCCAAAAAAUUUUCUUACCUCAUUCCAAAAACUCAUACCCACCACAAUAACGUCGAAAAAGGUUAGAAACAAUUAAAAAUAAGUACUGGGGGAAAGAAGAAACACAAAUUACUAGCUUCGGAUAUCGAGAAGUCUGACGCUGAAAUUUCGGGGAAUCCCACAAUUGAAAUUAUUUUAAAGUAUUUAUUCAUAAUUUUUGAGAAUAAUUAGUUCACUUUAUUACAUUUUUAGAUACGUUAUCAACAAUAAACGUGAUGUUUUAAUUGAUGUGAUAUUUUGUAUGGUAGUAAUAAAGAUUAUUAUAUA